AUGGCCCUCCUUAUCUCCACUCCAGCUCGCUACAGUCGUCGUCUGGCUUAUGCCACUACCUUUAACCGUAGUAACUUCUCGACGGCUGUUGACAAGGGAACGAUGACCCCAAGCGAGGCGUUUGUGGAGACCCUCGUGAAACAGGAUGUGAAAUAUGUCUUCGGAAUCGCCGGCUCAGCUUUCAUGGAUGCCCUCGAUCUCUUCCCCAUAGCCGGGAUAAGGUACAUAAGCGUCCAACACGAACAGAAUGCUGUUCAUAUGGCUGAUGGCUACGCCCGUAUCAGUGGUCGUCACGGUGUAUGCGCUGCUCAGAACGGUCCUGGUAUUACUAAUUUUGUUACCGCCCUUCAGGGCUGCUACUGGUCUCAUAGCCCGGUGGUGGUCAUCACUCCCGACCAUUCUUCGAUGCAAACGGGAACGGGGGGUUUUCAGGAAUGCGAUCAGUUGAAGAUAUUCGAGAGUAUGGUGAAGUACCAAGGGCAGGUGAACAACCCUAAAAGGGUCGCAGAGAUAACCUCGAGGGCCUUUGAUAUCGCCCUCAACGACCGAGGACCGACACAGAUCAACAUACCGAGAGAUUACUGGUAUGGCAAAUAUGAUUUUACUAUACCGGAUCCACUUCACAUUGAGCGAGGCCCUGGGGGGCCCAAGUCCAUCGAGCGCGCCAAGGAGCUCCUUAUGAGUGCUAAGAACCCGGUCAUAAUGGUAGGAGGGGGCGUGGCUGCCUCUAAGGAGAAUAUCGAGGCCGCAGUAAGGUUUGCGGAAAGCGUACAAUGCCCAGUGGUUACAACCUAUCUGCAUGGUGACGCCUUCCCACAGGAUCAUCCUCUUUGCGCUGGUAUUCUGAGUUAUGGUGGUAGUCUGGGGGCUAUGAAAGUAGCCAAGGAUGCUGAUGUCGUGUUGGCAUUGGGCACGCGCAUCAACCCUUAUAUGAAAAACCCUCAAUACGGCCUAGACUGGUGGCCGAAGAAUGCCAAGUUAGUUCAAGUUGAUAUCGAUUCACGCCGACUGGGGCUCACCAGUCCGGUAGCAGUAGCGGUUAAUGGUGAUGUUGGACAGUUUAUGGAUAUUCUCACUAGAUAUUUUACAUCACCUGAAGGGAAGCACGCGGCUCGACAGCUCUUAGACCCGAAUGCCAUCAAUGGUAGAUUGUCUAAGGCUAGAGCUCAUGUCAGUGAGUGGGAAGCGACACUGAAGGGUAUGACUGACGAUACGAGGUUGUGCCAACCGAACAGGGUGAGGCCUCGGCAGGCCUUGGCAGCUGUAGAAACGGCUUUGCCGGAGAACACCAUGUUGAGCGUCGAUACUGGCAAUUUGUCGGCUCUCAGCAGCAGCUAUAUGCCUAAGUUCAUCACGCGUGAGCCGUCCCUUGUCGGUCCGGGAAUGUGGGCGUCUUGCGGCCCUGCGUUUGGUGCUAUGAUGGGCGCUAAGCUGGCCAGACCCGACAGACCGGCUGUGGCUUACCAUGGUGAUGGUUCCUGGAUGAUGAAUGGCAUAAAUGAAGUCGUCACCUGCAUAAGGGAGCAAAUACCAACCACGGCUAUCGUAUUCAACAACAGGCAGUGGGGCGCAGAGAAAAGCAACCAGGUCAACUUUUUCGGGGAUCGCUAUCUUGGCACUAAUCUGGAUUAUCAGCCGGACCACGCCGCAGUUGCCCAGGCUUUUGGAGCUGUCGGGUUGAGAUGCACCCACGUUGAUGAAGUUGGUGACGCCGUGAGGGCCGCAGUUGACGCACAGAUGAAGGACGGCAAGACUUCCAUUGUCGAGAUAGUUUGCACACGAGAGCUUGGAGACCCCUUCCGUCGGGAUGCUAUGGCACUCCCGACUAGAUAUUUGGACAAGUAUAAGUCCACUAACACGGACAAGUACUCUCCUACAGGGCAGCCGACCGAUAUAUGAGAAUGCUCUGAUAUUCAAACAUGAUGUUUAUUCUUGAAUCUUCAACCUUGGGCUACUUUUUUACAUGCUAUUUACUCAUCUCUUUCAGGGUA